AGGCCCGGGCCCCGCCGCCCCGCCCGUCGGGCCGUGCGCCCCGCCUCCCCGAGCGAGCGAGCGAGGCAGCGAGGCGGAGCCGGCGCCCGGAGGAGCGGGAGGAGGAGGCGGAGGACAGGUCGGCCCGUCCCGGAGCCCGCGGAGCCCGAGUCCCCGGCGGCGGCGCAGCGGCAGGUUCGUCCCCGCUUCCCGCCUGAAGGCGACGGUGGCCCACAGCACGUCCGACCGGUUUCAGGUAGAAACAAGAGUUGAAGAUGUCCAGCAAAACAGCAAGCACCAACAACAUCGCCCAGGCACGGAGGACGGUGCAACAGCUGAGGAUGGAAGCCUCCAUCGAGAGAAUAAAGGUUUCAAAGGCAUCAGCGGACCUCAUGUCCUACUGUGAGGAGCAUGCCAGGAGCGACCCUUUGCUGAUAGGGAUACCGACCUCAGAAAACCCUUUCAAGGAUAAAAAAACUUGCAUCAUCCUAUAGAGGAACAGUGAAAGGGCUCCUCGCCUCUCCUCAACAAAGCAAAUUAUGAGCAGCUCCUUGGAAGAAAUUUACCUUCAGCUUAUCUGGUAACCACUGCUAAUAACUAAAAUACUCUAACUUGGAAUAAUCGACUCCGACGUCUUUAUUUUUCCAAGUUGCCUUUUCUUUAAAACACCUUUUUCUGAUUUAAUACGGAAUAACGGUCUUCUUUUCCACUCGAUAACUAUGGUGUCCUCUUGGGUUACUGCUUAAGAAAAGUUGGUUUGGGCCAUUUCGAAAAACAAAAACAAAAACAAAAACAUGAUGACUUAAGUCCUAAAGCCUUUACAUCAUCCUAGGGUUGUGCCGACCUGCACCGUGUCCCUGGGUGAGGAGCGCCGUGUGUGUAAGUCUUUGUAUAAACACGUCUCAAGGCUUAUUUCCUUGUUAAAAGGUCUCUCGGUUCCUCGGCUCCGGAAGCCAGGCCUCUGCCCUGUCGUAUGUACGCAGUUCCCGUACAAAAAGUAAAGAACGUCCUAAGGCCGGAGCCACUGUAACUGAGUAAGGAAGACUCCUUGCUGACCUCUUAAGCUCAUCAACUGCACCAAGUAAAAUUAAAACCCGAACUACAGGCCCUCCUCUGAGGUUUUCCCAAGGGAGCCUUUGGGCUUCAGCGAUCGCGGGUCUUGAGAAGGGGAAGAGGCCCCGGGCAGGACUGUGGGCAGCUGUUCCCCGGGGGCUCGUGUCCUCUGCAGUGAGGGGGACGUGCCCUGCAGGGGAAGGUCCGCCUUGAUGCUUAAAGUAAAGGAGGGUCCACGGGAGCCCGGCGCAGAGAGAGCGAGAAUGUGUGAAAGCCGUGGGCUUUUCUUAGCCAAACUUUGUGAUUUCCUCCUCUCUGCCCUGCCCUUCAGCUCGCCUCUCCGGCCAGGACGGCUGUUCACAGAGGUGAGGCUCACCUCCCGGCCCCAACGGGGGGACCGUUUUGAAAGAACCCUACAGGAGCCAAAGUCAUCAGAUUUGUCAAAUACCCGGGGGGGGGGGGGGGGGGCGUGUUCCCUGCUUGUCCCCACCCCCGGGGCAGGCUUAGACCUGGGGUACACUUGAGCGUCAGGGUGCCAGCAGCUGUCCUCAGGUUCCUGGAUGUUCCUCUGGGUGUGAACGCAGCCCUCAAGUCCUGGGGCUUGCCCGUGGGCAUCCCAAGGAAUCUCCUAGGCCACAGAGUUAUCUUAGUUUUAUCAAAGAGGGAGGAAGGGCCCCCUUUUCUAAACGAAAAACGCUCCCUUAAGGGCGCACGCCAUACACAAGCCUCUGAUAUUUUAAUUCAUCUUUAGUUCCUGAAAAUAUCUACUAAUGAAGGAUUAAAAGCUCACCUUCCAAAAGGAUCCAGCCCCCAAGAUGGAACUAUUUACAGCGCUUUCCCCUAGUCCUACACGCUCUUGCUCUGCAACGCAAGCCCCCACCCUGCCCCGCCCCUACAGUCGCUCGUCCGGGUUCCGAGUCUGAAGCUGACUGGGGCUGAACAGAUGCAGGGCUAUUUUUAAGCUGCUCAAACCGAGUCAGGACUUCCCCAGCCACCUAUCUUUUCAACAUUAUGAACUGCCCUCACUUUUCCAACAUCAUGUGAAAAAUCAUGCCACUGGCCUUAACCCCUUGACUUCUCCCGCUUGGUUUUGCAACACGCCCGGUUUCCAAGAAAAUUACAGGCACCUGUUCAGGAGCGAGAGGGGUGACAUUCGAAAUGUGCACUAAAAACACAUGACACUUAACGCUUCACUCCAUGAGGCCUUUUCCUUUAACAAGUGUAUUUUUCUACUGAUGGUUUCAGAACACUAAUCGUAUUUUCAUUCUGAUUUUAACAUUUUUCCUUAAGUAUUUAUAAUGCAGCUUGUUAAAUAUUUUUAUGAAAUUUUAUCAUACCUACUCGGUAUCUGUGCACCUCUUCAGUAGCAAGCAUAAGUUUAUUCUUUAGUACUGAAUUAUGUUCUUUUUAGCCAACGGGAGCCACGUAGGUUUUGCUCUCUAUUUGUUGAUAUGCUUGUAGUGGGUAAGGAAUGGACUUGAGGUCCCGGGAGGUUACAUUUUUUGCCAGUCAGAUAUCAUAAAGGCUAGGAGCACGACUGCCCUGUAGCUCUUAACUAGGCGUAGGGCAUGUUCAAGAGAAGUGAAAUCCCAUCCUUUGACGCUGGACCCAGUGCGGAAAAAUUGUAGCUAAACGUUGAUUUACUUAACAGCUAGAUGUCUAUUUAAGAAAAUCUAUGUAUAGGAUAUGCAGAAGUCACUUUUAUUUAUCAGGCUUUAAUCUACUUAUGAACCACGAUUGAACUGUUCUGCAGCAGCUCGUUUAUGAUAAUGGACAAAUGCCCCGUAUGCGGUGGGUUUCUUUCCCCAAAGCACCACUUUAAAGACACACUAAUCACAUAAUAUACGUGCAGCUUCUUGGCUUCAUAUCUAGGAAGCUAUUUAAAUAGGUUCAUUAUAUUUUUGUCUUUAAUACUGCUUCUGUCAACGCUGAUCUUUUUUCUCAUUCUUGUAUGUUCGUUAGUGCAUAAAUCUGUCCAAUCGAGGCCCCAGGACCAUGGCAAAAUUUCUUGACUCCAAAGUAUUUUAUAGAAACACUACCAGGUUGUCCACAAGGGUGGAGGUUGUAGUUACUUUUUCUUCCAAAAAGAAUCUGGUUUUCACAUUUCCUUACCUUAUUAAAAUCAAAGUGCCAUAAUUACCUUUUAAAGGAAGGGCCUGACCUGCUUUCUUUCUGUACUGUUUUUGUACUUUACUAAUCUUUAAACUAUCAAAGAAAUUAUACCAAUGAUUUAGCAAUUUUGAGGCAUAGGUUAGUUUAGGUAGUAAAAGAGGUGCUGAACGUUGUCUUCAGAUGCCACCUUCUCAGCCAAUUUACAACCAACAGAAGUGUUACCCGAUUAUUCCAGCUAUUGAUUGAAGAUCUCUAGAGGCCCAAGAAAUGAAGUACAGUACGUGUCAGUCCUUCUCAAUAAAAUAUAAUAUUGGAUUGUGUUAUGAAUUGUAUUGAUUUCUUUUAUGGUGGAGCUGUUAAUGGGAACAAGACACAUGCAUCAAAUAGAAUUAUGUGUAAAUUAAAAUAGAACCCGUACCUAAAGUUGGGCGGCCUGGAUCGUAGCCCUGGAGUGUUUUCCAGUCAAUCUUGUGUCCCUGUGUCAUGUGACUUUGGACAAGGCACUUCAUCUUGCUGGGCCCCCGUUUCACCAUCUGUAGAACAGGAGGCUUAAAGUAGAUGAUGGUGGGAACUUCCCCCAACCCCCCAGCAAUGCCUCGGUCCAGCGGCCUACCCCCUCUACAGGUCCUGCCAACAUGUCGGUGCUAUAAGCUGCUUCAGAUAUACAAUCGGUUCAUCUAUCACGUAUGCUCAUUUAAUAGCUUUUGAAAGGCCCUUUUGUUACAUAACUUUUUCUAGUUUUAUGACUUGAUUCCUGUAAUGUCUUGUUUUUAGUCAUGUAACUCUAAACAUCCUUCACUUGAUGUCUCAGUAAUCUGCGUUUGAUAUAUGGUUGAAGGGAUUUUGUUAUUUCAUAGCAUUCUUUGGCUACUCAUCUGUCUAGCAUCUUAUUAACCUAAGCACUGUGAUCAUUGUUUGGAAAUCUGUCCUAUGGAAAGAAUAAAAGCAUUUACUUCACAUGUA